AUGGGCUCCGACAGCAGGCCUGUGUGCCAUCGCUGCGCCCAGAUCAAGCAGGCCUGCGACGGCAACUUGCCCUGCGCGCGGUGCGUGCGACUGAGCCUGCCAUGUAUGCCCCGGGACGCCGUCGCCACCGGCCCCGAUGGCUUCCCCGGUGCCCUCGGCGACAUGCCCAAGGCCCGCAUCCGCCGCGUCCAGACGGGCUGCCUCAUGUGCAAGCGCCGCAAGAAAAAGUGCGACGAGACCAAGCCCCGCUGCGGCGACUGCCGCCGCCUCUGCCUCGACUGCGCCUGGCCCGUCGAUCGCCCCAAGGACAAGUCGCCCAGCCUCUCCUCGUCCCGCAAGGACGUCUCCUCCCCCUCGGACAAGCCGAGCAGCGGCGGCGACCCGGCUCUCAUCGAGAUCCCACUCCGCCAGAGCCAGAGCCCCAGCCCCAGCGCGAGCAGCUCGCCGCACUCCAACGGGAGUGUCAACGGAAGACGGAGUAAUAGCAAUGCCAGCAGCUACGUCUCCGAGGUCAAGCAAAACUCGGCCGUCAUCAAGCGCGACAGCUCGGCGUCGGACGGCGAGGCAAUCUCGGACAAAAUUUCUUGGGACUUGUCAACCUCGCCUCCCUCUUGGGUGGAAGCGUUUACUCCUGUCAGCAACAGCAGCGCCCCCGAUGCCCUGGAUCUCAACCACCACUCCACACUCUCUGUAUAUGUCCCGCAGCUACUACCUCAACUGCAAACAACAAACGACCGCGCCUUGAUGAACCACUACUCUACCAUUGUCUCUUCCAUUCUCUCGAGAAGAAACUCCACCAGCAACCCAUACAACCACUACCUCCUGCCCAUGGCCCAGGGCAACGACCUUGUCCUUCACUGCAUACUCGCCCUGUCAGCGAAUCACUGGCGCAAGCUGCAGCCCACAUUAGGCAGCAGAGGCCUCUAUCACCAGGGCAAAGCGGCAUCGGCACUGGCCCAGCUGUUACCACAUGUUGAUAAGCAAAGCGCGGACAUUGCCCUUGUCGCAAGCCUGCUACUCUGCAUGACCGAGUUAUUCGACGGGACCAGUGAAGGAUGGAAGCUACAUCUCAAGGGCGCCAAGCGACUCUUGAUUACCCUCAUGACACAGCAAGGCGAAAUGCUGACCGGACACUACAAGUUUUUGCUGCGACUGGCUCGGUUCCUCGAUUCCGCCGCCACGACAUCCACCUGUCGGCCACCUCUCAUCGGCGACGAGGAAGCCGAGGCGGCGACGCUCAACCGGCUCGCGUUUAGUCCCGACGAGGACGAUUCCGCCGUCUACGGCAUCCCCAAAGAGCUGUUCCACCUGCUCGACCUCGUCAACACGCUCGCCGACAAGCGCAAAACGCGCGUGGACCGGGCGUCCGAGGCCGCCUUCCGCGAAGAGGCGCAGCACGUCGAGGAGCGCAUCAACCACUGGUCGUACGAGUACGGGGGCCUGUCGCGGGCCGUGUACUCGCAGUCGGCGCCGUCGAGCGGCACCGCGGGCAGCGACGACGUGCUGCACGCGGCCGUGUCGUUUGAAAACGCCGUGCGCCUGCGCCUGCACCAGGUCGUCGACGGCUACGAGCUGACGGACCCCAAGGUGGACCAGUGCGUCGGCGCCAUCCUCGAGGCGGUGCAAAAGAUUCGCUACGGCAGCCCGCUCGAGGCCUGCGUGCUGUUCCCGCUCGUCAUGGCUGGCGGCGCCUGCUCCAAGUACGAGCACCGGCUGAUCAUCCAGGACCGGCUGCUCGUCAUGGAGCGCACGUGCGGGUUCGGGUACGUCUUCAACGCGCGCGACCUGGUUGAGCGCGUGUGGUCGAGACGAGAUGACACGGCGGGGACGGGCGCGAUUGUCAACUGGGCGCGCAUCCGUUAUGAGGAGAUGCACGGGCUGGUAGUCUUUUAG